ACGGAUGUGUUCGGACUUGCGCUUUUUUCCUGGCUCUCCGUAGUGCUGUCUUGCUGCGGUUCCCCGAGGAGGUCCCGUUUGGUUCUUUGGAGCAGCAGGCGGCCGGUGACGCUAUCCUGGCACACAGGAUGUGUGUGUGGCCUGGCGUAUCAGCAUUCUGACAAGUCCAGUAAGAUGACUUCUCCAGGAAUCUAUGACCUUCCAUUAAACAUCUACGUCAUUAUCCUGGGCAUUGGGCUCUUCAUUUUCAUGCUGAGCAUGAUUUUCUGCUGCUACUUGUUCAGGCUGAGAAGGCAGAACCAGAGAGACCAAUAUGGAUACAAUGAGGUAGUCCUCAAGGGGGCAGGAAAGAAGCUAAGCCUUCUGGGACAGAUGUGUGCAGUGUGUUUAGAAGAGUUCAAAGCAAAGGAAGAGCUUGGAGUGUGUCCUUGUUCACAUGCAUUUCAUAAAAAGUGUCUGGUGAAAUGGCUGGAGAUUCGCAGCGUGUGCCCGAUGUGCAACAAGCCUAUCUGUAGACUGACAGAGGCGCGCCAGGAAGAAGUGCCACAAAAUCAACAGGAGGUCUGAGGAGACAGUGGAGCGGCGCAUAGCAACGGCUUCUCCCCCAGAACAGGUCACUUCACACACGUUCAAAACAUCCACUCCUUCAUUACGUCAACAUCCACGGGUGAAGCCUUUUUUUUUUAUUACUCUUCUGAUGCCUUACAGUAAUCAAAUCUGUCCGAGCAAACUCGAGAAGCAAAGAGAAGACACUUUGGAAAUGUGACAAGUGCAUCAAUGACGACGACGAUUAUGUAUGAUGAUCCAGAGCUCUCCAUCACGGGGCUUAGGGGUCAGAUGAUACUGUUGUCGUGAAUUGAAAAGAAUCUGUCUUAGAUGUGGGAUAAUAAAUGAAAUAGUUAAAAAAAAAAAAAAAAGACAUCAUGAGGAAAAGCAGUUGGCAGCCAAAUCUGCAAUGGGCUCCGUAGGGAGUGAUUUGCUGCUAACAAAGUCACAAGUAUGAAGUGGAGUCGGUGAGCUCUUUAAUAUAUUAUAUAUAUUAUUUUCUAAUAUGUUGUGCUUUCAAAUAAAAAAGAAAAAUCUG